CCUCCAUGGCGGACUCCGACCCGGUAGGGGUCAUUUUAGUAACGGCCGGGACGAGAGGGGAUCGGAUGUUAUUUAGGUAUCCGUAUGAAACAGAGGAGAACCGAGAAAUUUUCUCUAAAUUGACUGGAAGAAAUCCAUACGCUGUAAAGAUAGCUGAGGAUUUGCAAGCUGUGAACAGGAGAAGGAAGACUUCAAGCAUUAGAAAUGGUGUUCUUGUUGGAUUCUCAAAUCCAAUACUUGCCAACCUGCUGGCUUUACGGUCGGAGUUAUGUGGUCGAAGAUUUGAUGUAAAAAUCGAUGAUGUUCGUUUUGUGGGGUUUCCAAUAAUGUUGCAGGCAGACUCUGACAAACAGACAAAAGGACCAUCUAUAUUAUCAUUUAAUAUAGUGUUUGUGUUGAAGGCAAAUGUAAGUCCCAGUGUUGUGUCAUGUUAUCAAGACCUGGCCAAACAACUGACAGUAGCCAUCCGUCACGAGGAAACAAGAUGCCAUUAUUUGACAGCUCAGACCAAGAUCAUACUCUCCAUCCAUGAUGAGGUAGCGGCAAUGCCAGAAGAUUCCUGUGAUUCACCUUUCAAGUUAAUUUUGGAGAAGAGUCAGCUGGCUAAGGAUCUUAAAUAUGUUUACGACAGCCUGUGUGAUACUGGAGUUGUCCUUCUACACACAAACAGAUGGGUGGAGAUCAAUUUCUGCCUUCCUCAUAAAAUCUAUGGCUCUAUAAGUGCCAGAGGGGCAAAAAUAGAGCCUGAAGCUGUUCAAAGAUGUCUGGCCUCUUUAAGACCUUAUCACGCCAUGCUGUUGUUAGUUGAUGAGAACAGUUUACUGGACAGUUUACCGGUGGACUGUACCCCCACCCUGCCAAAACUGGUCCAGGCAGCCAGCCCACUGAAGAGUUUAGAGACACUGGCAUUAGAUGCAGAUCUCAGUCUGUCACAGGUGUUUCAGAUUGUAUCCCACUUGGUCUACUGGGCUAAGGCAACUAUAAUAUUCCCACUCUGUGAAAGCAAUGUCUAUAUGCUGUCACCUCAUGCCUAUACACAUGUUAAUUCACCUCAGGUGGAGUCAUUUGUGGACCACUUCCCAGGCAUGUCUCUGCCAGCUGUUCUCUCCGAGUUCUCCCUGCCUACCCCUCUUGGUCAGCAUAGGGAUGUUUUAGGACUACCUCAGCAACAGACUCAGAAGGUACAGAUGGUAAUCUGGAUGCUGCAGCGACGCUUUCUAAUCCAGCUGCAUCAGUACAUCCACCUGGUGCCCUCAGUGGAGGGAGUGGCAGACUCUGGCGUGGAUGAUGCGUUUGCGUCAGGAUUGUCCGCAGAUAAGUCUCACCUGGGCAGCUCUGUGGAGGAGAACUCUGUCCUCAGGAGAACCACCAGUUCCUCUGAUAUUGCCUCAGUUAACAGUGAUGAAAGUCCUGUGCCUGCAAUGACCAACAAUCUGGCCAAGUCUCCAUCACUGGAAUUUGGUACAAAUGGUGCCCUUCUCUCUGAUGAGAGUGGCUCGGACUGGAGAGCUAGGGAGGCUGUCCUCUGUCAUCUGAACAAAGCUGAGAAAGACAGUAUUCUGAGAGUGCCAGCGGCAAAGAAUCCAGAGGAUUUGAAACUCUUCUUAAGAUUACGUCCAUACUUCAAUGGCAAGCAUCACCUGGAAGAGAUCAUGUACUAUGAAAAUGUUCGGCGCUCUCAACUGUUGACCUUGUUGGACAAAUUCCGGGGAGUUUUGAUAACAUGCAGUCACCAGGAUCCGGCCACGGCUUUCUAUGUGAAGACAUAAUUGUUCAGGCAUCUCCAAUAGCCGGCAAUCUUAUUGCAGUGGUUCAGUCACCAGGAUGUACUCUUUACAACUCAUGAUCAAUUCUGAAAAGCCUUUCAUGUUAUCUUGGUGCAGCCUUCUGCUAUCUGCUGUGCAAUUCCUCUGCAGUGGUGUUCGUAUUUCCCUUGCACAGCAGUAGUAGUCACAUCUAUGGUUGAAACAAAAAACAGGCAUGAGAAAGGGGAAAUCAUCAAAUGAUACUACAACUAUACCGGACAACUUUUGACCAAUACCUGCAGCCAAGCCACGGAAAGAUUGAGUUAGAGAUGCCACCUGGCUGAUCAAACGCUAAUGAAAUCCAGUGAAGCCGAUUAUCUCACUUCAGCUGCGGUGCGAUUGUCAUAUUGAAUUUGAUAUUUUGAUUGUAAGUAGAACGAGUAGGGCAUGGCUCUUUCAUAAGCCUUCAGAUGAAGCAGUGUGUUGAAUACUACAAUUGCAUGAAAUAGAUCAUGUCCUAUUUUCAUGCAUCUAGUCCAAUUGGACAUAUUUGCUCGACAAACACUGUGUGAUCGCGCCUUCAGGCAACUAUAAUGAAUUCAUUUCACAAUUGUAGGGUAUGCAGGACACCACUAACCAUAUAGUCCCAUCAUUGGCAUUACACUGAAUUCUAAGUGUCAAGAUGAUUUGAAUAUAUAGCAUGUUAUAUAUUGCUUUAAAAAGAGUUGUUUGUAUGUAUCAUAUAUGUACAAAAUUUUCAAAACAAUUUUCAUGAACAAUCAAGUUUGUUAUCAGUAAAUGUGAAAACACUUAAAUUAUAUGUACAGUUAUGUGUGUAUAGAAAUGUACAAACCUGUUUAUUAUAUUGUAAUGACAGUAUUAAUGAAUGUCAGAUUUUCAGCAUAAACCACAAUUGUGGAGUAAAAGGUUAAUUAUGUUGUCAUCUAGUCGUGAUUGUGGUUUUGUAGCAUCUUUAGUGCUCAUUAUGAAGAUGUGCCAUUGUGUAUUAUCAUGUAGUCUUUUGAUUUAUUUAUUUAUUUGAUUGAAUAUCAAGAAUAUUUCACUUAUACAACGGCGGCCAGCAUUAUGGUGGUUGAAAAACGGGGGUAACCCACGACCAUCUGCAGGUUGCUCGCAGACUUUCCCACAUAUGGCCGGAGAGGAAGCCAGCAUGAGCUGGACUUGAACUCACAGCGACAGCAUUGGUGCGAGACCCCUGGGUUAUUACGCUGCACCAGCGCGCUAACCAACUGAGCCACGGAGGCCCCUGUAGUCUUUUGAGUUUGUAGGUGUUAUUGAUAAGACAGUAAUACCAUGUGCUGCAUUUCUUACUGUCUCUGUGAAUA